UACAGGCAGGGACAGAGAGAGAGAGGAGGGUGCCAAUGCCUAUGCACGUAGAGCCCUACACAGGAUCCGUGUGGUGCGGUAGCCUGGCGUGGUAGCUCUGCCCUUCCCUUCAUAAACAGAGGUAGGCGAGGCGAGCGAGCCCCGGUGCCGGUUUCCAAGGGUAAUAAACGCCGCUACCGAGCUCACUAGCUCGCUCGCUCGCUUCCCCUGCUCGGCUAUAUAUAGCGCCGCACCAUUUCAGCAAGCAACAAUAAAGGCUGGGACUACGAGGGCGAGCUUGGACCGAGUGAACCAGCUGAGAUAGAGGCAGGGACUAAUGGGUGAGGAUGUCAGUUGCAACAGCGUGAGCGUGAUGGUGUCCGCCAAGGCCAAGGAAAACGGCCUCGCCGCGGCGUCCCCGGUGGCCGUGGCCGACCCCCGGCUGCAGGGCAUCUCCGACUCCAUCCGCGUCGUCCCCCACUUCCCCAAGCAAGGCAUCAUGUUCAACGACAUCACGACGCUGCUGCUGCGCCCCGGGGUGUUCAAGGACGCCGUGGACAUCUUCGUGGAGCGCUACCGCGGCAUGGGCAUCGACGCCGUCGCCGGGAUUGAGGCCAGAGGCUUCAUAUUUGGCCCGGCAAUUGCACUCGCUAUUGGCGCGAAAUUCAUACCGUUGCGCAAGCCUAGGAAGCUUCCAGCCGAGGUGAUUUCAGAGAGCUAUGUUCUUGAGUACGGAACUGAUUGUUUGGAGAUGCAUGUUGGAGCUAUCGAACCUGGUGAGCGUGUACUGAUCAUUGAUGAUUUGGUUGCAACUGGUGGGACACUUUCUGCUGCGAUAAGGCUCCUCGAACGGGCUGGAGCUGAUGUGGUUGAAUGCGCAUGUCUCAUUGGGCUCCCAAAAUUUAAGGAUUUCUACAAGCUCAAUGGAAAGCCUGUCUAUGUACUGGUGGAGUCCCGUGAAUCUGAAAACAAGAAUUGAUUGCCAGGAAUGAUGGUGGGUCCAUUCCUUGCUGCUGCAAUUGAACGGUGGACGGACAUCGACAACUAUGCGGUACAUUAUUAAGGCUUGCUGCUAAGUAUUGGUGAGAAGAGAGAUUAGAGAGUGCUGAGUGUAGUCUUGUAGGCUGAGUAGUUUUUCAGAGUACUGAAGUGCUUGUAGUUCUGCCGGGAACAUGGUUAUUAGCUGAAAACAAGUGUUCUGUUAUUCCA